AGCUUCCAUAGCCGCUUUACCGCUAGCCUUAGGAGCGAUCCUCAAUGGGUACCUGAUGGAAAAAUAUGGAAGAAAACAUGCGAUGUGGUUCUCUCAGAUACCAGCACCGGGAUGGAUGAUGAUCGCUUUUUCACAGAACAUCUACACGGUCUACGUAGGCAGGUUUUUAACAGGCUGGAGCGCUGGGAUGUCAUCAGGUCUAGCCAACGUUUACGUGGCUGAAAUAGCGUCUAUAAAGAAUAGAUCCUUAUUGUUAGCUUUGCUCAAUUUCUCCAUCAACUUAGGCAUCCUAUUAUGCCACAUUCUUGGUCUGAUCUUGAACUGGCAAUUAGCAGCUGUGGUGAUUUUUGGUUUCGCAGUGCUGGGUUCCAUUCUCAUGGUUUUCUCACCAGAAACCCCUUUCUGGCUCAUCUUGAACGAUGAGUACGAUGAGAGCAUCAAGAACUUCUCCAAUCUGAGAUGUUUGCCAGAAGAAGAUCCCACCUCAGAAGAGUUCGAGGGUCUUCGUCAGAAAGCUGAACACAUGAAGUCAAUCCCCAGAAAUUGGAAGUACUAUCUGGACUGUUUCGUUAGGCCCGAAUUCUACAAACCCUUGAUAAUAUCCAGCAUGUUUUUUUUGAUUGCCCAGUUCUCUGGAAUAAGUUCGAUAACCUUCUACAGCAUGACAGUUUUUCAAGGUGUUCUUGGACCAGAAUUUCCAGGUGAAAUUGCGAUGAUCGCUGUGGACACUGUUCGUCUUGUUUGUUCCCUAAUCACAAUUUUUUUCAUGCAGUAUAUCUCCAGGAGGCUUCAAGCUUUGAUUAGUGGAAGUGGUGUUACUUUUUCCCUGCUUUUGAUGAGUAUUUACAAUAUGAUUUGUAACAGAUACGGUUAUGAUAUCAACUAUAUUGUUCCCUUAAGUUCUGUCAUUAUUUAUAUCUCUUUUAUGUCGUUUGGUUUUAUGCCUUUACCGUGGUGCAUGCUCGGUGAACUAUUUUCAGCUGAUAAUAAGGGAUUGGGGGCUGGUAUAUCAUCAACUAUUUCCUAUAUAGCAGCCUUCGUAGUAGUCAAUACCCUUCCCUAUAUGUUCAGCAGUUUGGGGUCUGAUGGAACCUUCUUAACUUAUGGCAUAGUAGCCCUUCUGGGUACUAUUUACUUAUUUUUCUACUUACCUGAAACGAGGAACAAAACCUUCGCUGAAAUAGAAGAAAAUUUCAAGAGAAAAUAAGAAAAACAACUCGAAGGCAAUUGCUAUACGAAUAAAAAACUGUAGACGUAGGAGUUUGUAAGAUAUUUUAUUCAUAAUAGAAUUAUGUAGGGAUAAUAGAAUUUUUUCUGCCUAUGUUCAAUUGUAUUUGUUUUGAAAAUAUAUUAUCAAACAAAACACGACAAUAAUAAAGAAUAUUUCAUAUAGAUUUUCAAAUAUUCAAUAAUAAUUAAAAUAGGUAAUGGUUAUGUUCGUUAUUUUUUUUUAAAUGGGUACUUUUCUAAAAUAUCAUUUUGUCCAUUGCAUCUAGUGAAUAUUUUUUUGGAUUGAAUGCAUCAAGCUCUUGGUCUGUUUUUUAUGCGAAUGCUCACUAGAUUAUCGGUAUAUAUUGAUUUUUUUCUUCAAAAUUUAUU